CACGGAUUUACAGCUCUUGUCAAUCACCAUGGUUUAGGGGAUGCAUACGAAUCAAGGUGAAUUUAUCAAGACCCCAUCCACUAAAGUGUGAGGCUGCUGCUAUUUGUGAAUUAUGAUCGACACUCAAAAUGAGGACCACUUACACAGGGCAGUACCUCCUCAUGUCUCUCUGCUUUACAGUGCUUCACACAAUCCCUGCUCCUGUCAACUUUACAAUAUUGUCUCAUAACUUCAAGCACAUUUUAAAGUGGAGCCCUGGAAUAAAUUCUCCUCCACAGACUGUUUUCAAUUUAAAUAAAAGCUGUUCUGAAGGGAAAAAAACUCCACCUCAACGUCUGCAGCAGAAGAUAAGACAUAUGACAGUAGAUGUCUCUGAGACAAUUGAAAACAUCUAUACACACUGCACAUUCUUUCUUUGGGCAUCGACUGACAACAUGACAUCACCGGUAGUUAAUAAGAACAUUUCACCAUAUGAAGACACAAUCAUAGGUCCACCUAUUAUAUUUCUGUCUGGCUGUGGAAACUGUCUGACAAUCAGCAUCUCUCUACCCAGUGAAUCAAAGAAAGUAGAUCAACUGCAUCCGUUUUAUAAUUCUGUGUCCUUCAAUAUAAGUUGGAAGAAAGCUGGACAGAAUGAAGCCAACCACAUCUCUACGUCAAGUAGACAUUAUGUCCUGCAGAAUCUUCAGCCUGGAAAUCAGUACUGUGUUAAAGUACUUCCCCUAACCAAUAUCAACCGCAACACUCAACCAUCUGCUUGGCAGUGUCAAUACACUAGCAAAGAGGAACCAAGAGGAAUGCUCUAUGUAAUAGGUUGGUCACUGGGAGUGGCAGUGGCAGGUUUAGGGGUGCUGGGGCUUACUUUGACUCUGGUUUACACUGGAUCUAUAUGUAAACCCAAGAACCUUCUUCCUAAAAUAAUGGAUAACAACAUUAAAGCGAUUCUGAUUCCUGAACAGACGUUAUCUGAGAGCGUAUCUGUGACUGAGAUACAGUUAAUCAGGCCAUCAAAAAAUCAUCCCACCAAAAACAACAACCCACUGAAUGCAGAGGAAGAUCCAGAGAGCAAGCAAAUUGAAGACGAGGAAAACUAUGUCAACAAGGCAGAUACAGAAGAUGAGGAAGAAGAUGAAGGCAAGUGCAACUACAUGGAUUGUGUAACUCUCAGCAGUGGUUGUGAAGAGAAGGCUAUAGUUUCAAUUUUGACUCCGCAUAACAGUUCAGGGAUCUGCCAUACAAAAGAAAUAGCCAUGGAACAAAUCCAUUAUGAAUUUGAUACUAAAAAGCUAUUCCUAUUAGACAUGUCUGCAGAUAGAAGCAGCCAUCUUGAAGACAAAAAUGCUGAGUUAGAAUUGAAGGGGAGUCAAGAAAGUUCAGCAGAUGUCUCUGGGAACAUAAACUUGUUUUCAGUCACUUUGAGGGCUCUGGGACCAGAGGAUGAUUUGGAUGAGGAGGAGGAGGUGGGAAGUGAAGUUCAAGAAUUAUCGACAUCUCACAUCAGUCUACUGGAGAGACAGAAAACAAACCUACAGCUUUACGCACCCACACAGAAAGAAAAGAAAACAGAUGAUCCAAUGCAAGUGGAAAGCCAAGAUCUCCUUUUUCUCUGUUCUUCUGAUUUGGACAUCAGCACUGAGGAUGACACACUGUCAGGAUAUAUGUUGACCCAUACAGGAAACAUGCAUGAACAAAACAGCUCCACGUCAGAGGGGACAGACUGUGAUACAGACUUUAUGUCUCGUUAAAGACUGCAAAGUUGAACAUAUUCACCAAAAAAAGUUUAUUAAAUGUUCAUAAUAAAAAUGGUCAAAUGUAAAAUAAAAUGUUUAUAUAUGCAUAUACACUGUAUAUGAGCGAGAGAUUUCUGCAAACAUGCAUUGAAUUGAUCAAAUAUGACAGGAAAAGCAAUUACACAGUAUUCUAUUUCAAGUAAAUGCUGUUCUUUUUAACUUUGCGUCACAGGAAUAUAUUAAGUUUUACAUUAAAUCCACAUAGAAAAUAUUUUUUUCAGAUUGUAAUCCUGUUUCACAAUAUUAGUGUUUUUACUGUUUUGUUUGUUUGUUUUUUCCGUACUUACAUUGUGUAUUGUAACUCAGCCCAGUACUGGAUCUGUUGCUACAAAGCUUGACAGUGUCGACUCGUUAUCAACCUAAAGUUUGUAACUGUUAGAAAAAGAAGAGUAAGAAAUGGAAGCUAAUAACGUUUCACAUACUUUCAUGCCUUAUGUGAUUCUAAAUGUAACUGCAAGUGGCAAUGAGUGUAUGGAAAAUUAAAUUGCUAACUUUUAAAUCAGCCUCUAGCAAAGUUGACCUUAAAGUCACCAUGAAAUCAAGCACGACCUCCAUCAGGCAGUCUCUCUCUCUCGCUGUUUAGGCAUGUUUUGUGCCAUCUUCAUCUUUAAUAAAUAAAACAUUUAUUAAUG